AUGAGCUGGGUCAUCUUUUUCUCUGUGCUCCUGGUAUCUCUGUGUGGGUGCAGAUGUGCUGUCAUUACUGGGGCUUGUGACAGGGACAUCCAGUGUGGGGUGGGGAUGUGCUGUGCGGUCAGUUUAUGGCUGAGAGGCCUAAGGAUGUGCACACCACAGGGAUUGGAGGGAGACGAGUGUCAUCCAUUCAGCCACAAGGUACCAUUUCCUGGAAAGAGACAACAUCACACCUGCCCCUGUGCUCUUGACCUCGUCUGCACCAGGUUUACUGACACUAGAUACCGCUGUACCAAAGAUUACAAAAACAUAGACUUUUAAAUGCAUA